AUGGGCAAUGAUAGUAGUGCCGGUGGUGGUGGCUUUGGUGCUUGGGUUGGGCUGGCUGUUGGAGAGGAGGUGGUGGGGGAGGAAGGGGAGGAGGGUGAGGAGGUGGAUGGGGAAAGUGGGGGGUCGGAGGAGCGAUGGGAAGAGACGAGGCAAUGGGGGUUGGGAGGGGAGAUGGAGGAGUGGAUGAGGAGAGGGAGGAGGAAGGCGGUAGGUGAGGGCAUUCGCGCGUAUGUGAUGCGCGUGGUGGGGGACGCUCCUCCUGCUGCGCGCAUGGGGAACAGCAGCGGGCGCAGACGAGGAAGCGGACAAGGCAAAUCCACGCUGACGUGGCAGGACAGCAUGGAAGAGGCUGACUGGACCACCCUUUCCUCCUCCUCUGCCCCACUUUCCUCCCCCGGCUCCCCUGCGUCCCCCACCUCCCCCACGUCCCUCGCCCCGCUGCCGCCAGUGGAGCAUCUGAUCCCGCUAGAGGCCGCCAUUCUCGUGGCCGCGCACCCCCACCGAGCAGCCCUUACCAUCGCUCCCCCCCCGGGCCUGCUCGACCUGGGCUGGCAGGCCGUGCGCCUGCACGCCCUCCGCCCCAAGCUGCUCGCCUUCUGUGCUCAGCUGGCGGAACAGCAGCAGCAGCAGCAGCAGCAGCAGCGGCGGCGGCGGCAUUCUGCCUCUCGUCUCACAGCCCCCUUCACACCCCCCAACUUCAAAACACCCUGCACCACCCCCGCCCCACCCGUCAUGCCCACUAUCCGCCAGCUCAGAGCAGCCGGCCGGAAUGACCUCAUCGCUGACAUCAGCGCUGCCGGCGGCCAGCUUGCAGUGGCGCAGGCGCUGGGGUUUGCCGCCCGGCGCCGCCCGACGGGUUUCUGGGAGGACUUGGGGAACGUGGACGAGGAGAUCGAGGCGUUUGUGUCGCGGUGCUGGGUGGUGGAGUGCGGUGACACGGAGAGUAGGCAGGAGGAAGCAGAGGGAGGAAAGGGGGAGGGGACCACGGAAAGUUUGUAUCUGGGUCGGGUGCGGCUCCGCAACUUCUUGUCGGGGGAGGUGUUGAGUGCGGUGCUGAGGGAUGAAGAGGCGGUGCGUGCUGCCAUGGCCGCCGCUGCUGCUGCUGCCCGAGCUGUCACUCUUGCUCUCGCUGCGUCUCGCGCUCGUCGCAGUGCUGCUGCUGAAGGUGAUGAAAGUGGAGGUGGUACUGAUGCUGCUGAUGAUCAUAGCAGUGGUGGCGAUGGUAGUGCUGCUACUGGUGAUACUGCUGCUGGUGAAACAGCAGAGCCUUCCUUUUCUGAGCUGUUGCAGCGAGCCACUUGUUGGCCCUCAGAUGCUGCUGCUACCGCCUUCACCAGCAGCGGCAGCAGCAGCAGCAGCAGCAUCAGCGAAAGCACUGGAAGCAUUGGGUGGGAAGCAAAGGGCAGUUUCAGCAAUGGCAGCGGCGGCAGCAGCAGGAGUGUGUUUGAUGACGGGCAAGGGUUGGUGGUGGCGAGUGCGGAAGGCAGUGCGGUGAUGCCGCGUGUGAGGGAUGUGGUGGGUGCAGGGCGGUACGAUCUGCACCAUGCCAUCGUGCUGCAUGGUGGUUACCGCCUCGUGGCCAGGGAGCUGGGCCGUGAGAGUGGGUGCUGGGGCGGGCUGGAGAGUGUGGUGGUGCGUUGGGAGGGUGGGGGAAAUGGUAGUGAUGAAAGCGGCAACGCUGAGAGCAGCAACGGUGGGAGCAGCAGUGGUGGUGACGGCAGGCUGAGGAGGCGGGUGGGGCGGGGGGCGCGGCAGCAGAUGCUGGAGGCGACAGCAGGCAGGGUGAGAGCACUCAUGCUCACGCACAGCCUCUCCACCUUCCCCACCUCCUCCCAAAUUCUCGCCCUUGCCGCUCCUCCAGCAACCCCAACCACUCAAUCGGAGCAGCGUGGGUCACGAAACUCUCCCCGUGUCACGCCCCACGCCUCUGCCUGGGAGGGCGAGCAGCUGGUGGCAUCAGAGUGGCGGUGUGGAGGCAUGGAGGAGUGUGCUUCUGCAAGUGCGUCUGCCGUGUCCCAAGGCCCAGCAGGUGCCUGGGAGGGCGAGCAGCUGGUGGCGGCGGUGCGGCGCAGUGGGGGCCCGGGGGCAGUGGCAGACUACCUGGGCGUGCGGCUCAGCAAGCGCGGCCGCGGGCACUGGGCAGAUGAGCACGUGGCUGCUGCUGCUGUGCGCUCCUUCCUCCUCCGCCACUGGGGCCUGCUCCCCCCGUCCCCCCAACCACUCUCCUCUCAGCUACUCACUCCCCACCCAUCUCACCAGCCUUCCUCCCAGCCUCUCACCCCUCCUCAACUUGCCCACUCCUCACCGGCUCCCCUUACUCCUCCUGAUUCUCUCCUAGAAUGGGACGAGGUGGAGGAGAGGGCGGUGUGGGAGGAGGCGGUGAGGGGGGGCGUGGUGGAGAGGCAGGGGCGGGGCUUCCCCACAGACGUGCAGCUGGUGGCGGCUGGGCGGCUGGACGUGAGAUACAUUCUGCGCAAGUUCGGCCGACAAGCCAUUGCUCAGGCCCUAGGUGCUCCGUUCCUUGUCAGGCCAAGAAGGAGGGGAGGGGGAGAAGGGGGGAGAGGGCGAGGGAGAGGGAAUGAGGAAGGAAAGGUGGGAAAGGAUAAGAGUGUUAGGAGGGUCAUUGAGUUCAGAUAA